AUAGCAUAAAGUAGUGUAAUUAACCACUCUUUUUUAUCUCCUCUCCUGAUCCUGAUUCUCUCCUUUCUUUUUAUCUCAGAGUUUGCCACAUGGACAGUGAAGCAAUGAAUCUAAUCCUCACAAAAUUUUGAAAUCAGAGGAACAAAAUGAAACCCUAGGAGAGAGAGAGAAGUGAGAAUUCUAGAGAGAAACAAUAGGUAUUGGGGGAGAGAGGAGGAGCAACAAUAGGAAUCUGUGUGUCAUCCCCCAAAACCCAAUCUCCGGUGGUACGCAGAGCCUCUCCGGCGCCGUCGCUUGCGGUGGUUCAGAGGCUCUCGUCCCCAGAGAAGGGUGAAGGGGACAAGCAGAAGAUGAAGGGUCUUUUCAAAUCCAAACCCAAAACUCCAGUUGACCUCGUUCGUCAGACUCGCGAUAUUCUCAUCUAUGCAGAUCUCAAUUCGGACUCUCGCGAAAGCAAGAGAGAAGAGAAGAUGUCAGAGUUAAGCAGGCUUAUUCGGGAGCUAAAGGUGAUUCUUUAUGGAAAUAGUGAAGCUGAGCCAGUCGCGGAAGCUUGUGCACAAUUGACCCAGGAGUUCUUUAGAGAGAACACACUGCGUCUGUUAAUUAUAUGUCUUCCAAAAUUGAACUUAGAGGCCCGUAAAGAUGCCACUCAAGUUGUUGCAAAUUUACAAAGACAACAAGUUCAGUCACGGCUGAUUGCUUGUGAUUACUUGGAAGCAAACAUAGAUCUAAUGGAUGUUUUGGUAUCAGGUUAUGAGAACACGGACAUGGCUUUACAUUAUGGUGCAAUGCUGAGGGAAUGCAUACGCCAUCAGAGUGUUGCAAGAUAUGUUCUGGAAUCAGAGCAUAUGAAGAAGUUUUUUGAUUAUAUACAACUGCCAAAUUUUGACAUUGCUGCGGAUGCUGCUGCAACUUUCAAGGAACUUUUGACAAGGCAUAAAUCAACUGUAGCUGAAUUUCUUUCUAAAAAUUAUGACUGGUUUUUUGCAGAGUAUAACUCAAAGCUGCUGGAGUCCACCAAUUACAUUACCAGGCGACAAGCUGUCAAGCUGUUGGGAGACAUUCUGCUGGAUCGUUCAAAUUCUGCUGUGAUGACACGCUAUGUGAGCUCAAGGGAUAACUUAAGGAUUCUUAUGAAUCUUCUCAGAGAGUCGAGCAAGAGCAUUCAGAUAGAAGCAUUCCAUGUUUUUAAGUUAUUUGCCGCUAACCAACAUAAGCCCCCGGAUAUUGUUAGUGUUCUUGUUGCAAAUAGAAGCAAGCUUCUUCGUCUUUUUGCAGAUUUCAAGACAGAUAAAGAGGAUGAACAAUUUGAGGCGGACAAAGCUCAAGUCGUCAGAGAAAUUGCGGGCCUUGAACCCAAAGACCUCCCAUGAACUGUCUCUCUGUUUUAUGUGUAAUAGUAACCUCAUUAAGUGGUUUUCUUCCCAAUUAAUUUGUGCAUUAAUAGUUUUCAUUGUCCAUAUUAUGAUCGUACUUUCUAUCUUCAGAGAAGCUAUUUUAUCCUCCCUCCCCCACACAUUUUCAUUCAAUUUUGUUUUCCCCGUUUCUAUAUAGUCUGUUACCGACCUUGUGUGUUUCAAAUAUGAAUAAUACUUCGGGGGAUAUAAAUGAGAAAGAGAUAAAAAUGAGAACUUGAUGCAACUA